GCAAGCCCCGCCCCGCCCCCAGGAGGCGGGCCCCGGGCGGUUUGAAGGGUCGGCGCGCUGAGCUGGGUGGCUCGGCUGCCUCUGAGAUGUCGGUGCUGAGGCCUAUGGACAAGCUGCCUGACCUGAACAGGGCCACCGUCUUGCUGGUGGGCACGCAGGAUGCGCUGCUGCAGAAGCUGGCGGAGUCGAUGCUCCAGGAACAGUGUGCGUCUGAGCUGAGGGUCCACUUGGCCAACUCCCUGCCUUUGCCCUCCAAUGUGAACCGGCCCCGAAUUGACCUGAUUGUGUUUGUAAUUAACCUUCACAGCCAAUACAGCCUCCGGAACGUGGAGGAGUGUCUGAGCCACGUGGACAGCAGCUUCUUCCUGGGGAAAGUGUGUUUCCUCGCCACAGGGGCUGGACGGGAGAGCCACUGCAGCGUUCACCAGAACACAGUUAUAAAACUGGCCCACACCUACCGAAGCCCUUUGCUCUUCUGCGACUUAGAGGUGGAAAGCUUUCGAGUCACCAUGGCACAACGCCUUGUACGCAUGCUGCAGAUCUGCGCUGGUCACGUGCCAGGUAUCUCAGCGGUGAACCUGCUGUCCCUGCUGAGGCGCUCCGACAGCCCCCCAUCCAAGGAGCUGUGAGCGCUGCUGCCCUCCCCACAUUUGGCUCCGGCUCCAUAAGCAAUCACUGUUGGUGAAGACCAGUCAGGGCCUGACAGGCCCUGGAGGCAGCCUGCACACUGCAGGACUGAGCUCUGCUCCACCAGGCCCAGCUGGGCAGGAGUGAAGAGAGAGCCCAACCCCUGGAGCCCUCUGCUUCCCUGCUCACCCCACAGAGACCCCACCCCACAGAGGCCUGAGUUUUCAACUGUCUGAUAGGGUACACCCACCUCAGAUUUCUUUGGAACAACAACAACAAAAAAAAAAGAAAACCAAACCUGAAACUCUAUCUCACCCAGUAUCUGACUUUGUAAAUGAAGAAAUGGUAUCAGUGCAAUUAACGGGGCAGAUUGUGGCUUCCAGGAGCCCAGGGAAACGACACAUGCUGGUCCCUGCUUCUCUUAUAGCCUGGCAGUUGCUUCUGGGACCCUGUUUCCCUGAUGUAAAUGGAGAUGGUUCUACUCAUGUCAUGUUGAGAAGAUUGAAUGAAAUGGCGGGUGGCUUGCUGCCUGAGACUGCAUUACUCCUGCGACUUGUCUGUCUGUCAGAUCAGAUCUGUCUGUCUGUCAGACAUAGCAUCAUGCCCAGCACAGCUGCAACAAGGCCUCAACAACAGUCACAAUCAUUUUUUAAAGCCUUAUUUAUUUACUGUGAA